AUGAAGAUUGCACACGUCAUCAGCCUCAUGGUUGCUAGCCUUACUGCUACUUCCUUCGCAACUGCUCUCAAUGUCGGUGUCCAUGGCAAGUUGGCUGCGGCCUUGGCAGCUAGAGACAUGUCCCUUGAUGACAUCAACGAUAUCAUCAACCUCAUGCCACGUCAAGAGCCAGUCACUGUCACUGUGACCCCAGCUGACUGCACCCCAUAUGGCACUCCAUCCACCUUGAAUCCUGUUGUUCCUCUCACUCCGACCACCACUUCUGUCACUGUCACCUCGUCCACUUCUGUCAUGAUCACCAUCUUCCCACCCGCGCCCUCCACCUCUACCUCUGAGGCCAGCACCGACAGCACUGAGACUCCAAUUGAGACUCCAGGUGUUCCAACAACCUCCACUACUCCAACUCUUGAGACAACUCCGCUUCCUCCUACUACAGCAGUUGAGAGCAGUGUCCCACUUACACCUGUGCCUACCACUUCGACUCUGUCAUCUGAGAGUAGCACUGUUGUUGAGACCACAUCAUCUUCCAUCACCACCAGCGUCUUGACCACUUCCUCUACGGAAACUCAGACGACUGCCACAGCCUCUACCACCUCUGGCAUUCCAGAAGCUCCCAACUCAAAUGACGCUGGAACUGUUGGUGUCAACAUGGGCUUGGCUGGGUUGGUGGCUGUGUUGGCGUUGGCCUGA